AUGAUUCAAAGAGACAUUGAACCUAAUACGGUUACGUACAAUUCACUAAUGGAUGGUUAUUGUUUGCAAGGAAGAAUGAACAAAGCGAAAAAGGUUUUUGAACUAAUGCUUAGCAAUGGCUCCGUGGUUGAUGCUUUUAGUUAUAGCAUAUUGAUAAACGGAUUUUGUAAGCAAAAGAUGAUGCAUGAGGCCAUGAUGCUUCUUGGGGAAAUGUCUGGUAAAGGGCUGGUUCCACAUACCGCUAUUUAUAAUACUCUUGUGGACGGUUGUUGCAAAAUGGGCAAAAUACGUGAUGCACAACAGCUGUUCUCUAAGAUGCAAGCUUGUGGCCAACUUCCAAAUGUUCAAACUUAUGCUAUUCUACUGGAUGGCCUGUGUAAAAACCGACAACUUUCUACAGCAAUCCAAUUGUUUAGAGAGAUGGAAGGCAAGAAGUUGGAUGUAAAUAUUGUGAUUUACACUAUUCUUAUCAAGGGUUUGUGCAUAGCUGGGAAAAUUGAAUCUGCAAGGGUUCUCUUUCGCGGGUUAUCAUCAAAGGGACUUCAACCAAAUGCAAGGACAUAUAACAUCAUGAUUAAAGGACUCUGUAUUGGGGGCCUGACAAAUGAUGCAGAAAAGCUGCUAACCGAAAUGGAAGAGAAAGGUUGUGCUCCAGAUGGUUGGACCUAUAACAUAAUUAUUCGAGGGUUCAUCAAUAACAAUGAGACAGUACGGGCGAUGUGCCCAUACUUUACCAAGUUUCAGCUGACCAUUGAAACAGUUCACAGGGCUGACAAUGGACAGUCAGAUAAUGUACAUGGUCUAAGCAAAGAACAACUAGCAACCAGGGAUGUGAAAAUUGUUGAUAUUGCUUCAUCUGCAAGGGAUUACUGGAGUUACCUAGUUAGCGGUAGCAACACAAACUUAUCCAAAUUUUCGUCAGCGAAAACUGGCCGUGGUCCACUUUUAGAGGGAUGGCAGGAUAAGUCGAAGCCAGUUAUGACAGCCUACAAAGUCGUCACCAUUGAUGCACUAUAUUGGGGUUCUGGCUAUAGAAUUGAACACGCUUUGCUACUGGCUUUUGAACAGAAUGCACCGGUGACUGCCAUCACACCGGUGACUGAUGGAGAUGGUAAUAGUAUCAAAUCUUUUUUGGAGUUUGUGAAUGCAAAAUUAUGUUGGAAGUCCUUGGCAGAGGUGAGGCUCACUGAGGCAGCCAAAAUGAGAGCCGAGAGUAACAGUGGAGGAAUGAAACGUCGCCCUUAUUGGGUCCGUUUGGUUCAUGAGAAAGGAGGCUGGGGGAUGGAAAAUCAAUUACUUUCCCAUGUUUGGAAACCAGUUGGAGCGAUGCUGAAGAUGAUUAAAUCUACAACUGCUGCUGCUGUGGCUUCUUCUUCUUCUUGCUGGAGCAGGAGGGGUAUGCCUUGUCUUCACUCUAACUCCACUCUUGUUGUUUUCCUUAACAAUUACUUUGCUUUCUUUCAUUCUCAACCUUCUAAACCAAUCAAAUCUAGAAGUACCCAACUCAAGCAGCUAGUGAGAGACUUACCCAAUAUCACUAAUCUUGGGGAUGCUUUCAGUGUGUUCGAUAGAAUGCUUCAAAUGCGUCCUCUGCCUUCUGUUGCCCCUUUCAAUCAAAUCUUGAUCCAAGUUGCGAAAUUGAAACAUUAUUCGGCCGUCAUAUCUUUGUACAACCAAAUGGGUAUGUCGGGAAUUGAACCUGAUGGUUAUACUCUGAACAUUCUCAUUAAUUGUCAUUGCCAUUUGAACCAAAUGGGGUUUAGUUUAUCUGUCUUGGGAAAUUUCUUCAAACUUGGUCUUAAACCAAUAGUCUCUACCUUCAACACUCUAAUCAACGGCUUUCUUCUCGAGAAUAGAGUGGCUGAGGCAGCAGGAAUUUUCAACAAAAUGAUUGGGGGAGGUAAUUGUCAGCCUGAUGUGUUUACUUAUGGCACACUAUUGAAGGGCUUGUGCAUGAAAGGUAACAAUAGUGCUGCUAUUCAGUUGCUUAGGAAGAUGGAAGAAAGAGCUUGCCAGCCUAACCUAGUUGUCUAUAACACAAUCAUCGACAGUCUUAGUAAGGAUAUACUAGUUGAUGAUGCGUUAAACCUCUUCUCAGAAAUGAUGUGCAAGGGUGUUGCCCCAAAUGUCAUUACCUAUACAUCCUUGAUUCAUGGAGUUUGCAAAUUAGGCAAGUGGAACGAAGCUACAAGGUUGUUGCAUGAAAUGGUGAGUAAAAAUAUCUAUCCAGAUGUGCGCACAUUCAGUGUCUUGGUCGACACACUUUGUAAGGAGGGGAUGGUCCUGGAAGCAGAAGGCAUGGUUGAAAUAAUGAUUCAAAGAGAUAUUGAACCUAAUACAGUUACGUACAAUUCACUAAUGGAUGGUUACUGCUUGCAAGGAAGAAUGGACAAAGCGCAAAAGGUUUUUGAACUAAUGCUUAGCAAUGGCUCCGUGGUUGAUGCUUUUAGUUAUAGCAUAUUGAUAAACGGAUUUUGUAAGCAAAAGAUGAUGGAUGAGGCCAUGAUGCUUCUUGGGGAAAUGUCUGGUAAAGGGCUGGUUCCAAAUACCGUUACUUAUAAUACUGUUGUGGACGGUUGUUGCAAAAUGGGCAAAAUACGUGAUGCACAACAGCUGUUCUCUAAGAUGCAAGCUUGUGGCCAACUUCCAAAUGUUCAAACUUAUGCUAUUCUACUGGAUGGCCUGUGUAAAAACCGACAACUUUCUACAGCAAUCCAAUUGUUUAGAGAGAUGGAAGGCAAGAAGUUGGAUGUAAAUAUUGUGAUUUACACUAUUCUUAUCGAGGGUUUGUGCAUAGCUGGGAAAAUUGAAUCUGCAAGGGUUCUCUUUCGCGGGUUAUCAUCAAAGGGACUUCAACCAAAUACAAGGACAUAUAACAUCAUGAUUAAAGGACUCUGUAUUGAGGGCCUGACAUGUGAAGCAGAAAAGCUGCUAACCGAAAUGGAAGAGAAAGGUUGUUCUCCAGAUGGGUAUACGUAUAACAUUAUUAUUCAAGGGUUCAUCAAUAACAAUGAGACAGACAGGGCUAUGGGACUUAUUCAACAAAUGGUGGAGAGGGGUUUCUCUGCGGAUGCAUCAACUACAGAAUUGAUAGUUGAUUUACUGUGUAAAGAUAAAGUAGAUCCCGCAUUGUUGCCAUUGAUACAAAAAGAGAAUUAUGAAGGUAACUUGCCUCUUUGA